AUGUCUUACUUUUUAUAAUUGAUCGAUUAAUUCGGAGUUUAGCAAAAAUUAUAAAUUCCCAGAAAUUAAACCAACAUAACAAAGCUCUUUAGGUGGAUUAGAUAUUUUCUAUUUCAAUUUGUAGAUUGGCAAUAAAAUAAUAAACUUCCUAAAGUGACUUCUCUACAAUAAUAGAUCAAUGUUGAAUAGAAAUUGAAAUUGCAAGGAGUAUUUGCUGAAAUAAGCUACUUUUAAGAACUUUCACAUUAAAUAGAUCCUUUUGAUCCAUAGAAUAUGAUAUUAUAACCAUUAUUGGUUAGCUCAUCUAGUUAUUAUGAUGUAUAGCUAUUUUAUUUCUUAGUAAACACCUAUCAAUGCAACUUUCUAAUAUAGGAAAACUUAGGAAGGUAAAACAUAAAAUAUGCUCUUGAUAGAAGAUAUUAUAAUUUCAAAUUCGCCAAUAAGUUCAUAGGAUUAUAAAUAUACUAACUAUCAAUUAACCUUUACAUAUUGCAAUCCAGAAUUACUUUAAGAUGGAUAAAAAUGCGCAAAUUAAGAUUUAAUCAAUAAAUACUUUUAAUAAGAUAUAACUACUUUUAGAUUUUGAUUUAUUUAGAACAAUUUGAUCCAAGAAAUAAAUAAAUUACUAAAAUUCCUAAAUUUUUCGUUUUUGAAAUGAUGCAAAAAUCUUAUUUUUAAAAUAUGUUUACCUUAAAAUCAGGAGAUUUGAUUAUGGAUGAUGGAUUUUUAUUCCCUAACUCUAAUUAACAAACUUUUCUUUCUGACUUAUCUAUAUUAACCACUUAAUUUGAUUAAGAGUAUGCUUAAAAAGUCUAUGGGCAAGACAUAAUAGCUGUUCUAUACUUUGACUUAGAUUAAGUAAAGACAGUAAAUAUGGUUGAAUAUCCAAAGAUAUCAGAGAUAUUAGCAGAUACAGGUUCAAUUAUAUCUUGGAUUCUUUCAAUUUCAUUUAUAGUGUCUAAGUAUAAUGAAAAUUUAAGUAACGAUAAAGCUUAAAAAGAUAUUAUAACAAUGUAUUAUCAUGAUUUUAAUGAUUUUCUAUUUUAAAAGAAUUGGAUGGGUUAAAUUAAAAAGGUUAAUUAUAAAGGAAAAGAUUAUGAUCUCAAAAAAUCUAUAGAAAUACUUAAUAAAUUAGAUUCAAUUGCAAUUAAAAAAAUGAAUUAUUUGAAUCUAUAAAAUGAAGUAGCCAAAUUAUAAUUAAUCUUAUAAGAACAUUUAGGAAUACAAUAAAUUAAAAAAUAUUUAUAAUCCUAGUAUAAAUUAGAAUCAUUAUUUGAUAAAUUAGGAAUACCUGAUAUUAAUCGUCAGAGUUCGUUAAACUAAAUAGUAACCUUUAAUUAACAAUUUUUAGUCAUGUUAAAUUGA